UCAUUUUCAAUCUCUAUGUCCACAGAUGUUCAACAGAAACACAAGGAGACUCUGCGGGCACAGACUGAAACACUGAGCGUGAACACCAUCCUGAUGAACGAGAAGGUUAAGGAUUUCCUGCUGCUUGAUCGAUACGCUGAGCUCACAAUCAUCUCCACUGUUCGAGAUCGGACACUGGUGGAACAUGAGCUGCUGGCAAGAGGCCGGGACCAUGAGGAAUGGCAAGAGAAACAUCUCCGGGGAGAACUGGAAAAAAUCAGGACUGAUCAAUUGUUCCACAGCAGCUUUUCCCGGAGUAAAUCCCGAUCUGGGAGUUCAGCAUCAGUGGCCGGAGUCGCGGGGAUCGGAAAAACAACAAUGGUGCAAAAGAUUGUUCAUGACUGGGCCACGGGGAAAAUAUACCCACACUUCCAGUUUGUCUUCAGUUUCAAAUUCCGGGAUUUGAACAAGAUUAAAGACAGAAUAAACCUGAGGGAACUGAUUCUGGAGCAAUAUCCUUACUUUGGGAAUAUCCUGGGAGAGAUCUGGAAGAACCCAGAGGGAUUGCUGUUUAUAUUCGACGGUCUGGAUGAAUUCAAGGGCAGAAUCGAUUUUGCUGACAGUCGGAGAGACACAGAACCUCAGCACCAGUGCGCAGAUCCUGAAUCCCGGUGUGAAGUGUCUGACAUUGUGUACAGUUUAAUCCAGCACAAGCUGCUCCCAGGGUGUUCAGUGCUAGUGACCACCCGCCCCACUGCGUUACAUUUACUGGAAAAGGCAGAGAUCAGUGUCCGGGCUGAAAUCCUGGGAUUUGUUGGUGAGGAACGGAAGGAAUAUUUCACCAGGUAUUUUGAAGAUCAGACAGUGGCAGCAGCUGUUUUCAAACAUGUGAAGGAGAACGAGAUCCUGUACACCAUGAGCUACAACCCCUCCUACUGCUGGAUCCUUGUCCAGACACUGGGCCCCUUCUUCACACAAACACACCGGGACCCGCAGCGAGUUCCCAAGACCAUCACACAACUAUAUUGCUACUUUAUUUACAACAUACUGAAAAACCACGGCCGUGAGAUUGAGAGCCUCCGUGAGGUGUUACUGAGGGUUGGUCAGAUGGCCUUCACGGGAGUGUCCAAGAAGAACAUUGUGUUCACAGAUGAAGAUUUGAUCGAAUACAAUCUGCAGCCUUCCCAGUUCCUGUCCGGGUUCCUGAUGGAACUUUUGGAGAGAGAGGAUUCAGCCCGGAGCGUGGUGUACACCUUCCCGCACCUCACCAUCCAAGAGUUUGUAGCCGCACUCGCACAAUUCAUGACUGUAGAUCCUAGGAAUAUCGUGAAACGCCUGUCUGAAGUCCACAGCACGACAGACAGGCGAUUUGAAGUAUUUCUCCGUUUUGUCGCUGGUCUCUCCUCCCCACGGGCAGCUCGGGUCCUGGAGGAGUUUCUGGGUCCAUUUCCUAAUGAAACAAUCUGCCGAGUGAUUGACUGGGUGAAGGAGGAGGUUCAACGUCAGAUUAGAGAUGCACGGAGUGAGUUUGGUAAAAGGAGGCUCCUGAACACGCUGCACUACCUGUUUGAGUCUCAGAAUCCUGCACUGGCUCAGCAGACACUGGGAUCUGUGGAAACACUUUCCUUCAGUGGACUGGGACUGACCCCGAUUGACUGUGCGGUCCUGUCUCAUGUGAUCAGGCCCUGUGGUACAAUCAAACACCUCGAUCUGUGGAGAUGCCGCAUUCAGUGUGAAGGUCUCCAGCGGCUGGGACCGGCUCUGCACAAGUGUCAGCGCUUGGGACUGGGAAACAACGACCUGGGAGAUUCCGGAGUGAAACUGGUGUCUGCGGCUCUGAGGAACCCGCACUGUAAAAUACAGAGACUGGGGCUGAACAGUGUCGGUCUCACAGAUUCUGGAGCCGAGGAUCUCGCCUCCGCUCUCAGUACAAACCCCUCACUGAUGGAGCUGGACCUGGCAUGCAACUCCCUCACAGACCAAUCUGUCCCCGCUCUCUGCCGCCUCAUACUGAACCACCCGAGUCUGGAGCAGAUCAGGAUGGGGGCGAAUCAGUUCAGUGCAGAUGGAUGGAACCAGCUGGAGAAUCAGCGGGGAACCAGACCCGGACUGAGAGUGGAUGUGACAACAUCUCGGGAUCUAACGCGUACAUUCUCUGAGCUCCUGACACAGUGGAACGACCACCUAUUGUUCCAGCUGACAACAUUCUAUGGGGAGAGACUGAAUCAGGCGAUUGAAGAAAGGGUUGAACGUCUCAGCUUCACGAUGAAAUGGGAGGAAUGUUUCAAUGAACAAGAACACGGGAGUGUCGCUGAGCUGGCGGUAAAGGGAAACCGCAGAGACAGUUCCAUACUCUUCCACAGUCUGGUGAUGGAGAAAGGCAACCGUGCCCGGCGGGUGAUGUGGGAAUCCUUUGUGAAAAUGCAGAAUGAAUUACCAAAGCUGGACAAAAUACUGAAAGAAAUCCAGGAGCUCGGUCCUGAUCCACAAGAAUACAUGAACAUCACCAGAAGUUUAACUGAAUUACCCUCUAAUAUGGAAGAUGUUCAUCAGAAACACAAGGAGACUCUGCAGACACAGACUGAAACACUGAGCGUGAACACCAUCCUGAUGAACGAGAAGGUUAAGGAUUUCCUGCUGCUUGAUCGAUACGCUGAGCUCACAAUCAUCUCCACUGUUCGAGAUCGGACACUGGUGGAACAUGAGCUGCUGGCAAGAGGCCGGGACCAUGAGGAAUGGCAAGAGAAACAUCUCCGGGGAAAACUGGAAAAAAUCAGGACUGAUCAAUUGUUCCACAGCAGCUUUUCCCGGAGUAAAUCCGGAUCUGGGAGUUCAGCAUCAGUAGCCGGAGUCGCGGGGAUCGGAAAAACAACAAUGGUGCAAAAGAUUGUUCAUGACUGGGCCACGGGGAAAAUAUACCCACACUUCCAGUUUGUCUUCAGUUUCAAAUUCCGGGAUUUGAACAUGAUUAAACACAGAAUAACCCUGAAGGAACUGAUUCUGGAGCAAUAUCCUUACUUUGGGAAUAUCCUGGGAGAGGUCUGGAAGAACCCAGAGGGAUUGCUGUUUAUAUUCGACGGUCUGGAUGAAUUCAAGGGCAGAAUCGAUUUUGCUGACAGUCGGAGAGACACAGAACCUAAGCACCAGUGCCCAGAUCCCGAGUGGUGGUGUGAAGUGUCUGACAUUGUGUACAGUUUAAUCCAGCACAAGCUGCUCCCAGGGUGUUCAGUGCUAGUGACCACCCGCCCCACUGCGUUACAUUUACUGGAAAAGGCAAAGAUCAGUGUCUGGGCUGAAAUCCUGGGAUUUGUUGGUGAGGAACGGAAGGAAUAUUUCACCAGGUAUUUUGAAGAUCAGACGGUGGCAGCAGCUGUUUUCAAACAUGUGAAGGAGAACGAGAUCCUGUACACCAUGAGCUACAACCCCUCCUACUGCUGGAUCCUUGUCCUGACACUGGGCCCCUUCUUCACACAAACACACCGGGACCCGCAGCGAGUUCCCAAGACCAUCACACAACUAUAUUGCUACUUUAUUUACAACAUCCUGAAAAACCACGGCCGUGAGAUUGAGAGCCUCCGUGAGGUGUUACUGAGGGUUGGUCAGAUGGCCUUCACUGGAGUGGCUGAGAAGAACAUUGUGUUCACAGAUGGAGAUUUGAUCGAAUACAAUCUGCAGCCUUCCCAGUUCCUGUCCGGGUUCCUGAUGGAACUUUUGGAGAGAGAGGAUUCAGCCCGGAGCGUGGUGUACACCUUCCCGCACCUCACCAUCCAAGAGUUUGUAGCCGCACUCGCACAAUUCAUGACUGUAGAUCGCGGGGAUAUCACGACACUCCUCAUUGAAGCCCAUGGCAUGACAGACGGGCGAUUUGAAGUGUUUCUCCGUUUUGUCGCUGGUCUCUCCUCCCCACGGACAGCUUGGAUCCUGGAGGAGUUUCUGGGUAAAUUCCCUCAUCAAACAAUCUGCCGAGUGAUUGACUGGGUGAAGGAGGAGGUUAAACGCUGGGCUGGAAACACAAGGAGUGACGCUGGUAAACGGAGCCUCCUGAACACGCUGCACUACCUGUUUGAGUCUCAAAAUCCUCUACUGGCUCAGCAGACACUGGGAUCUGUGGGAUCACUUUCAUUUUGUUUUCUGGGACUGAACCCGAUUGACUGUGCGGUCCUGUCUCAUGCCAUCAGGCUCUGUGAUACAAUCAAACACCUCAAUCUAUGGCACUGCCGCAUUCAGUGUGAAGGUCUCCAGCGGCUGGGACCGGCUCUGCACAAGUGUCAGGACUUGGGACUGGAAAACAACAACCUGGGAGAUUCCGGAGUGAAACUGGUGUCUGCGGCUCUGAGGAACCCGGACUGUAAAAUCCAGUCACUGUGGAUGAUGGAGAUCGGUCUCACAGAUUCUGGAGCCGAGGAUCUCGCCUCCGCUCUCAGUACAAACCACACGGUGAUGGAGCUGGACCUGAGUGGGAAUGACCUGGGAGAUUCCGGAGUGAAACUGGUGUCUGCGGCUCUGGGGAACCCGGACUGUAAAAUACAGAUACUGGGGCUGAACAGUGUCGGUCUCACAGAUUCUGGAGCCGAGGAUCUCGCCUCCGCUCUCAGUACAAACCACUCACUGACGGAGCUGGACCUGAGUGGGAAUGAACUGGGAGAUUCCGGAGUGAAACUGGUGUCUGCGGCUCUGAGGAACCCGGACUGUAAAAUACAGACACUGCGGCUGCACAGUGUCGGUCUCACAGAUUCUGGAGCCGAGGAUCUCGUCUCCGCUCUCAGUACAAACUCCUCACUGACGGAGCUGGGGCUGUCAUUCAACUCCCUCACAGACCGAUGUGUCCCCGCUCUCCGCAGCCUCAUACUGAACCGCCCGAGUCUGGAGCUGAUCGAGCUGAUGGUGAAUAAUUUCAGUAAAGAUGGAGAGAACCAGCUGACGUGUCUGGAGGGAACCAGACGUGGACUGUGUGUGGCCAUGAGAUCAGCUACGGAUGUAUACCAUAAGAGAUCUGCAAGGCCUGCUACAAGACCUUAACGAACUUGUUAAAACUCUGCAAACAGCAGCAGAAAGUUCUGAAGAAGAAGCUGACUACUGAAAUGGCUUCAAAGGCACAGAUGGAACUUCAUAAAUUUAGGUGUGACAUUUUUGAUAUAUUUGCAAAAUUAUUCAAGACAAAAGUGGAACCUAACACUGAAAUGAUUAUACUUGGAGUAACGGGAGAUGGGAACAAACUAAACACGUGUCAAAAUUCAUUUUUUAAUUAUGGGUUAAUAAUAGCAAAAUAACUUAUACUUACGUUCACCAGACGCCGAUGAUCCAGCUUCGCGGAAAGAGGGCCUGAAAACACCGGGUUGGCUGAGGAGGCCAGAUAUAGGCCCCGACCUCGGGUGGACUAUGAGGGGGAGAACUGGAUAUUUUUAGUGCCUUCCCUCACAGUGAAUUCUGCUAUGGGGGGACGUUUCAUGUUGAUUUCUAUAGUGUACUGUUCUGUGUCUUUUUUUCUUUUUCUCUUUUUUGUUUUGUAUGGAUUUAUUGACAUUUGAUCUGUUCAAUUAAUUUAAUCAAUCUCUGUAAAGCACUUUGGUUCAAAUACUGGUUUUGUUGAAAAGUGCUAUAUA